AUGGCCCUUAGACCUGUGCCUCUGUCGAUCCUGGGCGGCUCUCUUGCUUCUGUCCUUCUUCGUUCCUUCGAAGAUCGCUUGCCCACCUUCGAUCUCCCUCCCGCUUCUGCUUUAUCUGCCUCUUGCAUAGCCCCGGAGCUCGUGGACUUUGUGCAUUGGCCUUCUUUGCUGGCGGGCAUAGGGAUCGGCGUCAGCAAGGCCCUCUUUAUCGAGUUCUUUGAUUGUUGUAUGAGUGAUCUGGAGGGCGAGCUUUUGAGCUUGGCCAACGCAGUGCGCGAACUCACCUUGGAAGUCAGGAAGCAGGGUCGUGAGCUGCAGGCUCUUCACCGGCUUGUCGAGAGCAGGCUGGACUUUCAGGUGAUCUCUGAGCCCGACAGCAGUCGGCCGGCAACACCGGCCCGCCUUACCGCAGCAUCCAGUGCGUCCGCCGUGGCUGUGUCUUCCAGCAAACAGGCCAGCGGGCUUAUUUCUGAUCAGGAACGCCGGCUUGUGGCUGAGCGAAUCGGAGCCUUCUUCAAGCGGAGCCUAGCAGGGCAGCAUCGCGGUGCCAGUGGUCGCGAGGACAAUCCUUUGGGUUCAAAGCUGUACGUGCUUAUUCGGGACGCGCAGGGUUGCACAUACUCCCCUCCUGUACUUGUGGCGAGCUUUGCAAAGUUGAAGAGGCUUGUGAAGCCGCAAGGCGUUGUCAGUGAGGAAGCGAUUUUCUGUGGUUUCCCGACCCAGUGGGAAGCUGCUUUAGCCUGCAGCAGUGCCGGCCUUGCGCCGUUGCUCGCGAUGUCUGAGGCAGAAGCCGAAGCCGAGGAGAGUGGAUCCGAGGAGGUCCACCGCCCUGCCGACCUCUACUUCGUCUGGUCGGGUGGGGCGACUAAUUUUGAGUAUGAAGUGGGCGCUCUCACUGUUGGAGAGGGCGACAAUGCAAAACAGGUUGCAGUCAUUCUUGUCACAGCUCUCGAGGGCCGAACCCUCGCCGUCUUUCCCCAAGGGGCUUGGGCCAAAAAGGUCAAGCAGCGCCGACUACCCUCAGGCCCUUUUUCAAAGCCGCUCUUGGCCGAGGUGGCCGUCUCUUCGGUGAAAGACCGCAGAUUGCCUGAGCAACGUUCGCGCGUGAAGGUGUGGUUCGGUUUGCUUGAGGAUAGCUUGGCAAAUUUGGUUACGUUUGACGUGCCCGGCCCCGUUGAUAUGGGUUUUCAGCUGGCCGAACAGAGCCGGCUCCCUUUCGCACAGGCCCUUGUCGAUGUGGCGGAGAGCCAGUUUGGAUUCAUGACGGCGGCCAGCCCCGAUCAGGAGGCCGGGGGAAGUGCUGCGUUGGAAGCGCGGCUAAGGGCCCUUGAGGCUUCUUUGAAGUCGGUAGUCGGCAGUGUGCAGCAGCUUGUAGACCGCCAGCCCGAGCGACAGCGGCCAGACGCCGUUGCAAGGAGCAAGGCCCCGGCUAGGAAAAAGAAGCCCGAAGGAUCAAUCCCAGGCACUCCCCCUCCCCCAGGCCGAGCAAGAGAGGUGCCAGGUCUUGACCCAGCGGUCCUGCAAGCAGCUCGUGAUGCGGGCGUGCGGCCCGAUGAACUAAACGAGCUUGCGGGCUUUCUCGGGAGCCGAUCGCGACCCUUGGGUGAUUUCCCAGCUGCAGGUGCUGGUGCCGGUGACCUUGAGGCACCGUCCGAGCUCGGUGGCAGCGGAGCCGAAGGCUCUGAACGUGGCAGCGGCGCCGGAGGCCAAGCUCCCAUCGAGGCUGCCGUGGUUACACUCACAGGGCUCAUGAAGGAGAUUGUCAAGGACCGCACAAAGCAGAGCGACCGUGCGCUCACGCUAGAGUCUGCUUUGGAUCGUGCCGAAUCCUCUUCAUGGGACGCCUCAGGAAGCGCGAGCUCAGGGUCUCGAUCCAAGUCGGUCGCAUACCGCGUGCUCCGCGAAUCCCUGAGGAAAAGGCCUGAGGUCAUAUAUCAAAGCAUCGAAAACUUGCUUGAAGAAGAUUUGUUAUCCCGCCGCGCGACCGGGAACCUGGCCGCGUCUCAAGCGUCGGCCAGAGCGUGGGUCGAGUUCCGCAGCCGGGUGGGAAAUUAUCCCAGCACGAUCAGAGCCAUGUGGGCAAUAGCGGGAAUUUUAGACAGCCUCCGAGAUGGGUCGCCUGCCGAGGCGCGUGCCCGCGCUUGCCUUGCUCUCGCAUCUUUUGACCAACAAAGCAUAGAUAACGGAGCCUGGGUGUAUGCUCAGGAAAUCACGCUAGAGCCUAGCCCACCCCUGAGCGCCUUCCAGUCCCGUCGAGUGGUAGUCUCUGAUCCUCUCGACUCGUAUCAUAGCAAAUUGCUUGAUUCACGCGUCGCCGAUAUACUUUUGCACAGGGUCAAAGAGUUGGAAAGCUACCUUGACGCAAAGCG